AUGGCUUCUGAACUUGUGAAGAAGACUCAGGGUAUCACCACAGCAAAGGACAUGAGAGAAUCCACUCAGCUCAUAAUGAAACCUUAUGCCAACUGGGAGGAGUACCUCACACCAGUACCACUCUACAUAGCUAUAAUGGGAGAACUUGUCUACAUUUCCUCUAAGACUGAUUUCUCCAUCAACAAAAACCCACCAAAAGGCGGCUACAAGUACAUCAGAUACCCAGAGUCAUUCCGUGCCUGCCUCAUGCAAGUGUGUAACUCUUGCCGGUGUGCUUUUAAUGAAGCUCAUAAGAGUAUGGAUCAGAUCCGCAUUCACACUUCCACUGUGCCAGACUACAUGAAAACUGCAGUGCUGUUUCAGGGAAGUGAUGAGGUCGCAGAACAUUUUUAUGGAGACGAGCUGAAUGAAAUCAAAAAGAGACUGGAAGAGGCCAAAAUGAGGGAGGAAACAUCACGAGAGACCAAUGAAAGAUCUAAGAAAGCAAUGAAGAGAGUGGAGAAGGAAUUAGAAGAAGCAACAGAGAAUGCUCGCUUCCGUAUGGAGCAGACCAGAGCACAACUGGACAAGACAGGAGAGAUAUAUGAGAAGUGUGUGGAGAACAUGGAGAAGAACCAGAAGGAGCUGACUGACAUUUUGGUCACCAUGAGAAACUGCCAGGUCAAGGAGAUUGACUUCAACACCUCCAUAGAAAUGCUUGUCAAAGGUAUGGAUGCCAUGGGUAGAGUGAAGGAACAGUGGGAGAAGAUGGUACACUUCUUUCAGAUGGUGUCCAACAUUGUGACGGUCAGCAUGAGCAAAACUCUCAACAAUUUUGUUACUGCAGCUGAGGAGGUACAGACACUGUCUUAUGAUGCCAAAUUGUUCUCUAAAGACCUGCUCUACAACCAGGCCUUCCAGGCAUCCAACAUCGCCAGUCUUGUUCAUAUGAUCUCAGAUACCUACACUGAGGUGUCCAACAAGUACCUGAUGGACAAUGUGAGUAGUCUGGGCAAACUCAUGGCCAUGGAUAAGAGUAAACCAGAGUUUGAACAAGAGCAUCAACAGCUACAGAAUGGCUGUUAUGAGGCUCAGAGAGGUAUUCUACAACUGGUCAUCAAGAACAAAGAGACCUUUGAGAGAAGACUGGAGAAGAUUGAGGGGGAAUUGAUGGCCAUUCUACCAGCUGCAGCACCUGAAGAAACCAAGGCCAUUAAAGAAGCUGUCCAAGCUGGAAUGAAUGAAGAAGAGGAAGCAAGCUAUUACUGA